AUGUUGACAAAGUUCUACCAACAUAUCCUGGCCUUGGUCUUUAGUGCUCAAGAGAUCAAUGGAAAUCCACACAUUUUGUCCAAUGCUACACUUGGUUUCCACAUCUAUGACAGCUACUUCAAUGCAAAGAUGACAUAUCACAGCACCAUGGACCUGCUCUUCAAAUUGCAAGAAUCUGUCCCUAAUUACAUAUGUGAUAGAAAGAAGAACCUCAUAGCUAUCAUUGGUGGAGCUGAUGCAGAUAGCUCUUUCCGUAUGGCAGACAUCUUAAGUCUCCACAAAAUUCCUCAACUCACAUAUGGAUCAUUUGCCCUUGAGGAGAGGAAUGCUAUAGAAUCCCCCACCUUUUACCGCAUCUCGCCAAAUGCAGCCCAUCAGUAUCCGGCGAUUAUUUGGUUGCUUCUCCAUUUUCGAUGGACAUGGGUUGGACUCCUCAUUGUAGAUGAUGAGAGUGGUGAGAAGUUCUUGAAGACUCUGGAGCCAUUGCUUUUGAGGAAUGGAAUCUGUUUAGCAUCCACAGGAAGAAUCCAAAAACAACCCAGAUGGGACCACUUACAAGAACUUUAUGGUUUAUUAUCAAAUAUCUAUCCAACUCUAGCAGACACCAAAGCCAAUACAGUUUUAUUCCAUGGAGAAGCUGUGACCAUGCUCCUAUUGAACUCAUUGAUAUUCUAUGGGCAUUAUCUAUAUGAUAAAAAAGUAUCAAUUGAAAAAGUGUGGAUUAUGACAGGCCAGGUCGAUAUCGCUUUAUCAGGCUUUCAAAGGGCCUUCAGUUAUGACUAUUUUCAAGGGGCCCUUUCUUUCACAAUUCAUUCCCUUGACGUUCUUGGGUUCCAGAAAUUCCUUCGCAAUGUCAAACCUAACUGGACAGAAGGAAAUGGGUUUCUCAAGGACUUCUGGGAGCAAACAUUCAAUUGUUCAUUUCAAAAUUCCCAGGAGCCAGUGGUGGACAUUGGGUCAUGUACUGGGGAGGAGAGGCUGGAGAGUCUCCCUGGGCCACUUUUUGAAAUGCACAUGACUGGCCACAGCUACAGUAUCUAUAAUGCUGUCUAUGCUGUGGCACAUGCUUUGCAUGCCAUGUUCCUAUCUACAUCUAAUCACCGAGCAAUUAUGGGUGACAAAAGAAUUGAUCCUCAAGAUCUCCAUCCUUGGCAGCUCCACCAUUUUCUCCAAGACAUUUCAUUUAACAAUUCAGCUGGAGAAACAAUGUCUUUUAAUAAGAACAAGGAAAUGGGAGCUGGAUUUGAUAUAACAAACCUGAUCAUAUUCCCAAACAAUUCAUUUCAAAGAGUGAAAGUUGGAAGGGUGGAUGCUGAUACUUCAGAAGGCAGACAAUUUGUCAUUCAUGAGGAUAUGAUUGUUUGGCACGGACAUUUUAAUCAGGGGUUGCCCCUUUCAGAAUGCAAUGAUCACUGCUACCCUGGUUAUUACAAGAAGGAGGCGGAAGGGAAAAUUAUUUGUUGCUACACGUGUGGUUCCUGUCCAGAAGGAGAAUUUUCCAGUCAGGAGGAUAUGGUUCAGUGUACCAGAUGCCCUGAAGAUCAGUAUCCAAGCAAGGAUCACGACCAGUGCAUCAACAAAAUUGUAACUUUCCUAUCUUUUGAAGAACCUUUAGGGAUCACAUCAACUUUACUAUCUGUGUCUUUGUCCCUGAUUACAGCUUUAAUGCUUGGGACAUUCAUUAAACACCAUGAUACCCCCAUAGUCAAGGCCAACAACCAAGAUAUCACCUACACUCUCCUUGUUUCUCUGCUUCUCUGCUUCCUUUGUUCCUUCUUGUUCCUUGGACAACCUAAAAAGGUGACUUGCUUCCUCCGUCAAGCUACUUUUGGCAUCAUCUUCUCUGUGGCUGUUUCUUGUGUCUUGGCCAAAACCAUUACUGUUGUUGUAGCUUUCAUGGCUACCAAACCUGGGUCCAGGAUAAGGAAAUGGGUGGGGAAAAGAACAACCAAUUUUAUUCUUUUUCUUUGUUCCUUCAUUCAAGCAGGCAUUUGCAUGGUGUGGCUUGGAACCUCUCCUCCCUUCCCAGAUUUUGACAUGCAGUCAAUGACUAUGGAGAUUGUGGCAGAAUGUAAUGAAGGGUCAAUCAUCAUGUUUUAUAUUGUCCUGGGGUACAUGGGACUUCUGUCCCUCAUCAGCUUAACUGUAGCUUUCUUUGCUAGAAAGCUGCCAGACAGUUUUAAUGAAGCCAAGUUCAUCACCUUCAGUAUGAUGAUCUUUUGCAGUGUUUGGUUGUCUUUUGUUCCAACCUACUUGAGUACCAAAGGGAAAUAUGUGGUAGCUGUGGAGAUCUUCUCUAUCCUGGCUUCCAGUGCCGGGUUACUAGGUUGCAUCUUUUCCCCCAAGUGCUAUAUUAUUCUGCUGAAGCCAGAGUUGAACAAGAAAAAAAUCCUAAUUAGUAGAAAUAAUUGA